CUCACUUCUCCGGUGCUUUCUUCUACUAUCGAGUUUUCCGGGUAGCUGGGAGGAAGUGUAAAUGCAAAACAUACGGUUGUGGUGUGCGUUCUACCACGACACCGUGCAGCUGCUCUAUCCUCCUUGUGGGCCCCUCUCAAAUACAGGAAUAGAAGAAUGAGAAUUCGAAGAACGAACAGGAAGAGAGAAAGAGCAGGGAGCAGAGAAGAACCUCGACGAUCAAAGCUGAGCAGAUCUCCCUUCCGAUGCCCACCGUCGCCGUCAUCCAGGGCCACGCCGCCGCCGCCGGAUUCACCCUGGCGCUGAGCCACGAUUACGUGUUUGUGAGGAGCGACAGAGGGGUUUUGUACAUGAGCGAGGUCGAUUUGGGGCUUCCUUUCCCUGACUAUUUCUCGGUGCUGUUCCGGGCGAAGCUUGGUUCCGUCGCCGCCCGGAAAUUGAUUCCUUACACGAAGGAACCAAUCAAUCCAAUGGAGAUUGAGGCCGUCGUACUGGCAGUCAGCCCGGUCAAAUUGGCGGAGAUGACUGCUGCCGCGGUGGAGAUUGACGGAGGAAGAGUUGAAAUGUGCGCAUUCGAUCGAUAUACCGGCGCGGCGACGGUCGACGUUUACGAGGAGGAAGACGGGCGGGGCGAAUUUGGGUGUUUGGACUUUGGAGGGUGGGGGCAAUCUGAGAGACGAAGAGGAGCACAGUUCUAUGUUUUAAUUUUCUUUAUUCUUCUUGUAAUUUUACCCUUAUACCCUUGUUGUUACAAUAACAACAAAAGGGGUGUUGUUAUUCUAUCCUGCCCCGGCCAAGAAGGGCCAGAAGAUGGGAUAGAAGAUGGGAUAGUACUGCUGCUUGCAUAGGAAGCUUGGUAGUUAAGAUUUGAUUGCAUUGCAUAGGAAGCUUGGUAGUUAGGAUUUGAUUGCAUUAUUGUUGGGUUGUUUGUUCUUUGUUUUGAUUUCGUAGCUGUUAGGAUUUCCAAGCUUUGAUAAGUGUAGGGAGAAUCGGUAGAUUUUCCAAAUCGUAGAAGAUCAGGGUAUCAAUCUGUGAACCCGAUCAUUCGGCUUUCUCCUUUAUAUAGGAUUGAAUUGAAUAAAAGGGCAGCAGACUUAAUUAGUAGAAAAAAACUAGAAUACACUGG